UUACUGUAUAGAUCUCAAUUUCUCAAAAUCAGUACUCUCUCCUUAUCUAUCUUUUGUUUUCUCUCUAACUAAAAGAGGCAAAGACCUUUUUGGUUUCUGAAGAAAAUCAAAGAGAGAUUUUAGAGAGAGAGAAAGAGAUCUGAUCUGACUAUUCCCUCUCUCGGACGGCCCUGUCAAAAGGGUCAUUUCAAAAUCUCUGCUUUUGUUUCCCUAUUCACAGUAAGUCUCCGCCAUUUUUUCCUAUUUUUCAUCACCAACUCUUCUCUCUAUUUCUUCACUCUUUCAAAUUGCUUUCUUCUUAUAUAGAUCCAUACCAACCCGAUCUCGAUCCUUCAAGGUUUAGGGAUUCUGUAAGGUGGUUUAUCUGUUAAAUUUUGUUGUGAAUUAUGGGUGUGGAGGCUGUGGAAUCUGAGUUGGCCCAAGUUUCUGUUGAAACUGGUAGUGAAGAAAAUAGCUCUUUGUUGCAUGAGAAGGAAAAUGUGAAAAUGAAUGAGGGACAGGGGCUGAGCGAACCCAUAAAGUUUGGUUCGCAUGGUUUAGAUGAGUUGGCUAAAGUAGAAACAAAUAAUGUUCUUGAGGCCAACUUUCCAAAGGGUGCAGUUGAUGAAUGGCCUAUGCCUCCGCAAAUCCAUUCUUUUUAUUUCAUCAAGUAUCGCUCAUAUGAAGAUCCAAAGUUGAAAGCGAAGCUCGAUCAGGCUGAUAAAGAUCUUCAAAAGAAGAUUCAAACCCGCUCUCAGCUCGUUGAUAAAUUGAGGGAAAAAAGGUCGGAUCGAGCACAGGUAAUUGGUCAAAUGAGGUCUCUGGGUGUUGAGAAUAGGCAGUUCAGGUCAAUCAUGGACGAGAAGAAAAAAGAAAUGGAGCCUCUGCAUCAGGCUCUGGGCAAGCUACGCACUACAAACAGUACUGGCCGUGAUAGGGGUGUUAGUCUGUGUUCAUCUGAGGAAGAGCUUAAUGAUAUUAUUAAAAGUUUGCAAUACCGUAUUCAACAUGAAAGCAUUCCACUUACUGAGGAAAAGCAAAUCCUUAGAGAAAUUAAACAGCUGGAAGGGACAAGGGAAAAAGUUACCGCUAAUGCUGCUAUGAGGGCAAAGAUUCAGGAGUCAUUGGGCCAAAAAGAAGUCAUUCAGGACCAAGUCAAACUUAUGGGAGCUGAUUUUGAUGGAGUUAAGAAGGAACGCAUGGUGGUUAGGGCGAAGAUGAAUCAACUUGAAGAAGAAAGAAAUGCAAUUGACAAAGAGAUCAAUUCAUUAGAGACUGAGCUGACAGUUAUGACACAAAAACGGGAUGAAGCUCGUCAAUAUCUUCAGAAUUUGAAGAAACAGCGAGAGGAGGGGAAUUCCUGCUAUUUCCAAAAUCGUACGCUUUUGAACAAGGCCAAAGACUUUGCUGCAAAGAAGGAUAUUGAAUCCCUUCAAAAGAUUUGUGAUACGGAGGUUGAGAACUUCAUGUCCCUGUGGAGCAGUAACAAGGCUUUGAGGGAUGAUUAUGAGAGAAGAAUCUUGCCAUCUCUAGAUUUUCGACAACUGAGCAAGGAUGGACGGAUAAGGAACCCAGAUGAGAAGUCAUUUGUGUUGCGGGAUGCAGCAUUACCUUCUGAAACAGAGGCAGCAGCAAAAACCAAAGUAAAGCAAGUAAAAGAAGAUACUAUUUCCCCUCCACAACACGAUUCUGGACACAUCCAGAAGGUACCGAAAGAAGCAAAAGGUAAACAAACAGGUUCAGGAAGCACUUUGGAGCCUCUUGAUAUAGAAAAAGAAAUUUCUGGGUUAGAGAAACAGCAAAAGGAUCCUCCUUCUAAGGAGAAUGAACUUGAUGCUGCAAAGUUGAAGGAGAUGAAAAGAGAAGAGGAGAUGGCAAAAUCUAAGCAGGCCUUGGAAAGGAAGAAGAAGUUGGCAGAGAAGGCAGCCGCCAAAGCAGCUAUGAAAGCUCAGAAGGAGGCCGAAAAGAAGCUUAAGGAACGUGAAAAGAAAGCAAAGAAGAAGGCUGGAGCUUCUGUACCUGCUCCUGAUCUUGAAGAACCAACUGAUCAAGCAGAUCCCGAGGUUUCUGAACCAGAGAAGCCUGAUGAAAAUGUUGAUGCUCCUGUCGUGUCUAAGAAUAGGGACCGAAAGGAGAAUACCAUUAGGCACCGAAAUCGAGCAAGGGGUCCAGAUUCACUUUCAAAAAUCAUACUAAAACGCAAAAAGACAACUAACUACUGGAUGUGGGCUGCUCCUGCUGGUAUUUCAAUGCUGAUACUUCUAGUGGUUGGAUAUUUCUAUCUUCUCUGAAGAAGCAAAACUAGAAUGAAUGGAGUUUGUGGACCAAUUUUGUUUUGAUGAUCAUGCAAGUGGCUAGGUCUGGUAUUAGAAAACAAACAUAAGCUAUAUUCCUGUUAUUUUUUACAUUAUGUUCUUUUUUACAUCACGUGAAGGGAACUUGAACUCAUAAUGCUGCUGCUAGAGAUCUGGCAGUCUAAAAUGUUUACCGUAGAGCAAACAUACACAGUUGGUUUGGUUAGUGCUGUUUGAAGCUUCGACUUUCAAUCAGAACAUGUAUUAUGCCUUUGUUUUUUCGAGAACUGAUAUCCACAUAUCAAGAUUGAUAGUUCUGAAUAUGAUGAAAUUGAGUUUGAUA